GUCCACAGUUUGGGCGAAACUCUGGUGCUCUCGAACAUCGAAGCACGGGAGACCGCCACUUUCUUCAUCAAGGUGUUUGGUGUGCCUGUUCCGUUCUUUCCGUACGGGCGAUGGUAUCUACCAAUCCCUAGGCGUGGCCCUAUUACACUUAUAGUGGGGAAGCCCAUUGAAGUGGAGCUGAACGAACAUCCCGACCCAGAGUACAUUGACGAAAUCUGUGACAAGUACUACGCACAGAUUAGAGCCUUGUUUCACGAACACAAACACGAGACAGGACACGGAGACUACGAGAUUAUCUUUGUGUAAGUGGGCGGGUGAUACCGGGGGAGUUGCGUUGACAGAAUGGCUUUAACGUGUCAUUAGUGGGGCCUAUUCUCAUGGCUAGUUAGAGUUGUUCGUUGGUCUGUCUUGGUUCACCUGUGCACACUCCUGCGGCGAGAAAACGCGCCCAUGCACAGCGUCAUUUCGUACAUAAAUCGAAGAUUGCCUGAGCGGGAUCCAAAAUAGUUAGUCACGGUAUACGCUGGUUGAGUUUCUCUUUAAACUCAACUGAUCCCGAGCCCUUAAUCCGGGGCGUGACUGUACACACAGCCUGGAAGGUCGGGGAGCAGUAGGUAUUGGUUGCCUGGCAACGGUUGACGGGAAAGCUUUAUAUGGAUACCCAUGUGAUUCCUAUGAAAGCUUUUCUUAGUAGCACUCUUCGAGUGUGGGAUCGGCAUGCACGUCCCGGAAGUGUAGUAUUAGUAGUGUGGUAGUAGUUUGGUAGUAGUUUGAUAGUAUUAGUAGUUUGGUAGUAUUAGAUAAUUAAGGUGCAUGCCCUGAUGUAGAAUACCUUGGGAAUUUACACGUAGCCCCUUACAAGUCUCGCGUAGAUGAUCUGUUGGAGCUAUGGAUGAGUUCCCGACAAAUGGGACAUGGGUCUUCUUUCAGGGCCCUUUGGUACUUUCCGUUGAUACAAUGUCCCAGCUAUAUCGUAUCAGCCACAGCAAAACUGGACAACUACGCCAGCAGCACCAGAUGGGAGUUACACUGCAGUGAGUGUUAACCAGCAAGGGCAGGCCUACCCAGGGUGUCUUAUGAACUGCCUGUCUGCAUUGUUCAAUGUGUUCUGGUGCAUCCAUGUAUAAGGUUGUGAGUACAUCGCAAGGAAUGGUACCGACGACGGGGAUGUGUCCAGCAUUAACUUAACUGACAAGUCGCUUAUACGCACGAGAUGGCCAUUGGAUCAUAACCAUCCAUCUUUCUCCGAAAAGUUUGACUCGACUAUACGCCCGCAGCGUACUCUCAUAGUGUAAUUGUUUGUGAAUGGAAAGAACUGCCAUAGGGUCUGGCAACUACAGCUUAGACGGAGAACCAUACACGCCUGAGAUCUUGUGAGCUUAUGAGCAUAUUGGACUUUGUACGAGUAUAGCCUUUGUUCAUUCAGAAGGCUAUGGAAUUUUACACUCGAAACAUCCGGAGAAGUACGAAUUAGUUAGAAAGCACCUUUUAAAUGAAUUUAGUCUAAGUAGAACUGAAUAAACUUGAUUUGCUG